AUGGAAGAUCCAUCAUUACAAAUCCAUUUUAAAGGACACAAAGACUCCAUCACAUGUGUCGACUUCAACCCAACUGGAAAGCAGCUAGCUUCCUGCUCUAUGGAUGCAUGUUUAAUGAUUUGGAACAUUAAGCCACAGACGCGAGCAUAUAAGUUUAGUGGCCACAAAGACGCUAUAUUCUGCGUUCGAUUCUCACCGACUGGUGAACUUAUACUAACUGCUUCUAGGGAUAAGACAGUAAAAUUAUGGAUUCCGAGCAUAAAAGGAGAGUCCAUCACCUUUCGCGCCCAUACUGCAGCAGUUCGGUGGGUUGAUGUGUCCGCUGAUGACUCAAGGAUGUGUACAGCUUCAUCAGACAAGUCGGUAAAAGUUUGGAGUUUACAUAGACAAAAGUUCUUGUUCUCUUUAAACCAACAUGUGAAUUGGGUGAGGUGCUGUCGUUUUUCACCUGACUCACGCCUUAUCAUAUCUUCAUCAGAUGAUAAAACUAUUAAGUUAUGGGACACUGAGACGCAAGGUUGUGUACAUACCUUCCAAGAAGCUGGUGGCUUUGCUUCACAUCUGGACUUUCACCCAAAUGGGAACUGCUUUGCAUCGGGAAGUACGAAUUGCACAGUUAAGCUUUGGGACUUAAGGAUGAACCGUCUACUUCAACAUUAUGAUGAUCAUACCGGUCCAGUACAUAAAGUUGCUUGUCAUCCCAAUGGUCAUGUUCUGCUCUCUGCAUCUGAAGACUCAACACUGAAAAUAUUUGACCUCCUUGAGGGUCGUCCACUUUUUACACUUCAGGGACAUCAGGGACCUAUUACUGCAGCAGCAUUUUCUGCGUCUGGUGAUCAUUUUGCAUCUGGUGGGAGUGAUGAACAGGUGUUUUUAUGGCGCACGAAUGGGUGUGCUAGAAUGACUACUAAUAUUCCAGACAACAGUUCACAUCCAAUUCACACAACUUCUAAUCCUGAUGGUUCCAAAUCUCGUGACAAAUCUAUUCAAAUUAAUAGUCAUCUUAUAUGUCCUAAAUCUGAUCCUCAAGUAACGUCAAGUGAAGUGCAUGAAAAAGCGGAAAAACCAUCACUCGCUACUUCUGAAGCUGCUGUCGACUUUCAUGAAACUACUAACAGUGGAGCACAGAACCCGACUACUUCCGUUAAGUGUCAUUUUCCGCCUGAUUUCCGUACCCACUCUGGUGUUAUCUCAUCAAUGACUUUACCAUUAACGUCAAAUAUGAAUUUUCUACAAGCUAAUUCGAAAACAGCAAGUGGUCUAGAAAGUGAACGCCAAAAUGUCCCACCACCACUAUCUACAACACUUGAACAUAUUGUUUCACAACUAGAUAUUUUAACUCAGACCGUUUCACUUUUGGAACAACGUCUCACUCUUCUGGAGAAUAAAUGA